AUGGAAAACGAUCAAGAUUUUAGACUUGGUAUCAGCCGGCAUGCAACAAACGGUGUUGACGUUAUAUUCGGAAUAUCGUAUCUGCAAUCUAUCGCACCAACUAGGUCUGAAUUGAAAACAUCGAUAGACAAAGCUGAAACUUUACAGACCAUGAAUAUCAUUGACAGUUCUAACAGUACGUUUACAAGUGUUGAGGACCAAAUGUGCAACGUAUCUUGUCCUCCUUGCCCACCGUGUACUACCACUACUGUCACUACUCCAACACCUCCAACCAAUUGUUCAAAAGAUAUUGUUCUGCUUAUCGAUGCAUCAAAUGCCUUGUCUCCUGCAGAGUUUAGCCAGAUGUUAAACUCAAUUGGAACAGUCUUAGUUCGUCAAUGGGCAGUCCCAACUGCAAUCAAUGUCGCAGUUUACGGAUACUCUACUAAACUUGUCCAAGUUUCUUACUUUGAUGUAAAUUUAGAUGAGCUUACGUUGGUAAUUGUUAAUAGUACUUUCCAAACCGGAGCAGAUCCAAGCAUUAAAAGUGGUUUGCGUGGUGCCACUGAAGCUGCUCAGAGUCGAGAAAAGCCGGUUGUAACUAUUCUAUUUACGGCAUCAAGUAUCACCGACGACGUUAACGCAGCAAAGCCGUUUGCUUCACAGCUAUGGACAACUAAUAAUUCUGUUAUCGUUGUAGCACUGAAAAACGCACAGAAAAACGUUGUUGGAGAGUUGGCAUCUGGAGACGACUUCGUACUUUACAGUCAAAACUUCGAUUUUGAUGGAGCGUUUGCAAGAUCUAUAACUGACCUUAUGUGCAGAAGUCCUCCACCUCCACCUACAACUACAACGACGACUUUGGCGACAACAACCACUGUUCAUCCAGAUCUAAGCUGUUUAACAGACAUUGCAGUUUUGGUAGACGUGUCAAGCGCUGUUCCAUCAGAUAAAGAAUAUCAAAGUCAAAUCGACUUUCUUCAUCAGCUUUCUGCUGGAUGGGACGUGAAUGGAAAUGCAACUGAAGCUGUCAUAAUGACCUAUGCUUCUAGAGAUGGACAUAUACUAGGCGGAUUUCAGUAUACUUCAAAUGACCAGCUUUAUUCUUCUAUUGAAACAUUGAGGAACAAGUUCUAUGAGACCGAGCCAAGCCUAACUCUUGGCUACGACGAUAUUAAAAUUGCCGUCGACGCUUACCUUAAUGUCUUAGUAGCAAACAACACAUGGAUAUACGUAGUCGGUAUCGGAAACAAUCUUGUCAGAAGUUACUUAGAAGCUUUGUCUGGAACUGUAAUUCUUACGAAUUCUUACAGCCAAGAACUGGCAGAUAAGAUUAAUCAAAUGGUAUGUACAAAGAAUGAACCUGCUAAACAAUUGCCACCUGCACCGACAACAACUACAGCUCCAACAACGACAACUGUGACAGUUCCUCCUCUGACACAGACAACAACGACAACAUAUGAUCCAUGUACUGAUUGUAUUCCACCAAGAGCAAAUGUGCUUAUUCUUAUUGAUGCAUCAAACGCCUUAAAAUUAGAUCAGUAUGGACUUGAAAGGAAGUUCAUCAGAGACGAGUUGACGGUUAAGUGGACAAGAUAUGGACGUUUUGCGCUUGGCGAAUACGCUAGCAGUUUCUUUUCUGUUUUCUAUUAUGGAGAUCUUCAGAAUCGAGAUGAAUUUUUGUCUAUGAUGGACUCUCUGUACUAUAUGAAUAAAACUGCCAACAUUACAAACGCACUGAGGUCUGCGGCAAAACAGUAUGAACCGGAUCAGGCAUACGGUUAUCAGCGAACAGUACUCUUCACUGCCAGCAGUAACACGGCUGACAUUGACUCUGCUAUACCUUAUGCCAAACAACUCGACUCUAAGGGUGAACUGAUUGUGGUCGUUAUGGGUACCGCCAGCUUCGACAAAUUCAAGAAGCUUACUCCAGAAGAUCGAAUCAUUGUAUGGAGAGAUUAUUCUGACACUAAAGACUUAGCUGCAAAUAUAACAACACUUUUAGGCGGAUAUAUUAAUCCAACAACAACAACGACAACGACAACGACAACGACAACGACAACGACAACGACAACUACAACAAAAAAAAUCAUCAUUGUUGCUAUUGCAGCUCCUUAUCCAGUAACACCACUCCCCUGUGGUCCUCGAGACAUCAUGCUGGUAAUGGACGUAUCCAAUAAAAGUAGUCCAGAGGAAUUUGAUCAGAUGAAAAAUUUUGUGAUGACACAGCUUGUGACUGUUUGGCCAAUAUCCACAGCUCAAGUUGAGGUCUCCUUAAGUGUUUAUGCUAAUACUUUUACUCUGAUUACAAACUUUGACUCCACUAGCGUCAUCGAGUUGGUUUCCGUAAUUAACUCAUCAGUAAAUCGGAUAGAAAAGCAAAUGCCAAACAUUGAAAGAGCUUUGAGAGCUCUUACUGACAUUAUUGAAGACCGACCUCGGAAAAUUCCAACAGUUACGGUGUUUCUUUCAACGACUAGCAAUCCAGAUGCUGUUAAUGCUGCUCAACGAUGGGCAUAUCUUUUGAAGAUCAAUGGAAACUCAUUAAUAACGAUUGCUGUUGGAGAUUCAGCUGAUUCAUCUGUGUUGGGGACACUUGCUUCAUCACCAGAAUUCUCGAAAAAAAUCCCCUACAGUGGCUCUGCAGAUGUGGCUAAUGAAGUGAAAAGUCUGCUGUGUUCUGUUGCACCAACUCCACCAUCGACAACAACACCAACACAACCAAUAACAACUACAACAACGCACAUGGAUCUUCCUUGUAGUCGCGCUGUUAUUAUCAUGAUAGAUACUUCAAACGCAGUUCCAAACCAAGCCACAUUUGCACAGCAUAUUAAAGUGGUGACAAAACAUGGUCUAGUAUAUGUUAAAAAAUUUCAGCAGAUAGACUUUAUACGUUAUAAUCUUCUUCCACUUUGGAAUGUUGGUUCAGCAACUACACAAGUAGGGAUUGUGCUAUAUGACGAACAUCAGUUUAAACAUUUUGGAGAUUUUGAGUACGCUAACGAUGACGAAUUGGAAGCCGAUCUGUUUAGAGCCUAUCGUUUCUUCACUGAAAGUGACCCUAGUAUUACCAGGCUUGUAUUAAGUAUUCUUUUUUUAACGCUUACGAGACAUCAAUUAUAUUUUUUAUUCCUAGCAAGUGGACUCAAAGGUGUACUAGAUAUUCUGAUUCCAAUUGAUACGCAGGAAAAGCAAAAAGUCGUGCUUCUCUUCGCCUACUCAAGCUCUUACGACGACAUCAAUACUGCAGUUCCAAUUGCUCGUCAAAUUCAAACCAGUAACAUAAGCCUUCACAUUCUUGGAAUUUCCAGUAAAACGAAUCGGGACUACCUACAAGCGCUAUCAGGAUCAGUCACACGCUACGAUUCAUUAAAACCUGAAUAUGCUAAUACUGUAAAUGGUCUUCUAUGUAAGGAUUCUGAAGCUCCUAGACCUUGGACAACGACUUCAUCAACGACUAAACCUACAACGAUCACAACUCCUACGCUUCCGACAAUACCAGUUACAACAACCAGUGAAGAACCUUAA